AUGGGUGUACCAGCUCUUCUUAUCGCUGGUUUGGCCGCCACAGUGAGCCUGGCUAGUGCCGAUGUUGCAGUUGGAGGCGGCUCUCUAGUCAAGUACACCAACUGCAAUAAGAUGCAGCAAAACCAAAUCUACGAAGCCUGGUUCGACUCUAUCAAAAUUGCCAAUGAAGGCAAGGGAAACUUCGGUGACUGGAAGGGGGAUGCUGAAAUUGAAUAUUUCGGCCCCCCUGGUUUGAAUCAUCCCUACCAACGCAGUAUUCAAGAGAUCCUUAUGAGAGCAGCUUCUCUUUCCAGGCCAUGGUGGUUUCGACCCACCUCAACACGGAUCCAUGCACGCUGUGAUGAUUGGCAGAAGAAAUGCGCUCAGAAUGGACCGGCUCUAUAUGUUUCGCGAUUCUGCACGGAGGGUGAAGGCAUCUGCAUCAACUUCUGUGAUGGAUUCUUUAAUCUUCCGUCAUUGAACGACGUUGUAAACGCUGCCCGCCCUUUGAAGAAUGAUGACAUUUUCAAACUGCACAUGGCAACUUACCAGUCAAGAGGGUCUUCCAUGUUGCAUGGGCUUCUGCAUCUCCCAGACGUUUCCUUCCCUGAACGCCACAUCAAUGACAGAGUGCUACAGUUUCGCACGACUGAAGGUAAAACGGCCGUUGCCCAGGCUAUUGGGCCGUAUUGGACAAAAGUCCUUGCCCGGAUUGAUUUGCUCAAUUCAAACAGCAGUUCCCUCACUUUCCCCAUAAAUGCUGAUAACCUUGUGCAAUAUUCUCUUGCCAAAUACAUCUAUGGGAAUCUAAAAAUCCAUCCUUAUUACCCUAUAGCCCUGAGCAAAACCCUUGGUCCAAAUAACGAAACUCAGGGACUUGGAUGGGAAUUAGCGGAUGGAAAGAUUGAGGGCAAUACAACGAUGAUAGGUGGUUUUAUAUCCCCCGCUGACGCUCCAGUUCUUCAAUUGAACAACAUCACCAUUGCGUCCUUUGACGAAGUUGGCAAUGAUCCAAACUAUCUAAAGCACUUUGGUUUACCUUUAGAAACGUUCAUUGAAUAUGGCAAAUAUCCUGCGUCCUACUUUACUGGAGACCGCGCAGAGGCUAAACCAGCUGGCCGUCCACAACUCACCGUCAAGGGGAACUACACCAAGCCGGACGAGAACUUACACUGCGCCAUUGACGAGGUCACCGGCGAAGGGUAUGUGACGGUUGACUUUGCAGAGUCCAGUAUCAAUGACGCCUGCUCUAAGUUCAACGACCUCCCACUGGGCCUAAACAGUACUGGAACUCAGAACUCGUAUGAGUUCGUGGAUGCCGAGAAACAACACAAUGCACUCUGGGUCGGUGCUUCCUGGAAUACAGCCGACCCAGGAUGUCUUACCAAUCGCAACGUUGUUGAGGAAGAAUGCAAGGAUCAGCUCCGACGUUGCUUGAAUGGCUGCCAGGCUGACACUACGACCUUGAAGAAGGGAGGCUCCAGGGUGAACAACUGCAUCAUCUACCGCCUUGGGGUUGAACGAAACCCUAGUUUGUGA